CUACCUGGGCACCCGGGUGUGCCAGCCCAGCCCUGCACAGCCGAGGUGGUAGUGGCCCGGGUCUGUGGCUCCCGCUCUACCUGCCUCUGAACCUCGCAGCCAUGGCGGGACCCCAGGAGCUUCUGAGUGGGAAGCUCCAGCUCUGCUUCACCCCGGCUGCCCGGACCAGCCUCCUACUGCUCAGGCUCAACGACGCAGCGCUGCGGGCGCUGCAAGAGUGUCAUCAGCAACAGGUUCGGCCGGUGAUUGCUUUCCAAGGGAACCGAGGGUACCUGAGGCUCCCAGGUCCCCACUGGUCCUGCCUCUUUUCCUUCAUAGCGUCUCAGUGUGGCCAGGAGGGCGCUGGUGGGCCUGGCUUGGACCUUGUAUGCCAGCGCCUAGGCAGGUCUGGGCCUAACCGUCUCCACUGCCUGGGUCCACUCAGGGAGCGCCUCACGAUUUGGGCAGCUAUGGACUCUAUCCCAGCUCCAUCUUCAGUUCAGAGACACAACCGGACUGGAGAUGCCAGGGAUCGUGAGGGCUGGAAGAGUGUGGGAGACUAUCCUGAAGGAGACACAAUUUCACGGUCACAGAUGGCACUAGAAGAGGUGCCAGAUCCACUGGCAAGCAGCCAAGGACAGUCACUCCCAGGAUCCUCGAGGGAGCACAUGGCACAGUGGGAAGUGAGGAACCAGACCCUUCUUCCAAACAGAGAUCCUGAUCAGGCGCUGCCUCCCUCUGCUAGCCAGAAACAUGUGGACAAGAGCUCAUUAUGUGGAAGUAAUUGUCAAGAGAAGGGCACAAUAGGAGGCUUCUGGCUUACUGUUUAUGUUCCUGAGAUAUGUUCCCAACAGAAACGUCCAGCGCCUGCAGCUAUGGUAGAACUAAAACAAAAGAGGCUCAGAACUCUAGCUCCAAGUCCCCUACAAGGACUGCCCAGUCAGGACUUACAGGAGGAAGAUUGGGAGCAAGAAGAUAAAGAUGAAGAUGUGGGUCCCAGGCUGGAGCACAGUCCCUCAGUUCAAGCAGAUUCUGAAUCCCCAAACCCUGAAGAAGUACCAGAUUACCUCCUGCAAUACAGGGCCAUCCACAGCGCAGAACAGCAACAUGCCUACGAGCAGGACUUUGAGACAGAUUACGCUGAAUACCGCAUCCUGCAUGCUCGUGUUGGGGCUGCAAGCCAAAGGUUCAUAGAGCUGGCAGCUGAGAUGAACAGUGUUCAGCGAGGAACUCCAGAACACAAGGUGCUGGAAGAAAAGAUAAUCCAGGAAUAUAAAAAGUUCAGGAAGCGGUACCCAGGUUACAGGGAAGAGAAGCGCCGCUGUGAGUACUUGCAUCAGAAACUGUCGCACAUCAAAGGUCUCAUCUUGGAGUUUGAGGAAAAGAACAGGGGCAGCUGAAGCGGACACAUGGCUCUUUACCCUAGUGUGAUAUGGAAGAAAACAGCAGCUAUUAACUAAGAGGACAGUUGUCUGCUCUUCGUAUUGUUGAGUCCGUAAUGGCAAGUAGGAGAGCUGCUCUAGGUUCUUGAAGUUUGGUUUUCAUUAUUACCAUAUUUAAACUUUUAGGGCAUGGGCACAGUGCCAAGACUCCACAGCUGUGCCCAGCAGUUAUCCAGUAACUGAAAACUAGGAAAAGUAGCAGAGGCUUGGCUUUUCCACCUUUAGUUCAGCCAAGUCAUUUUCAAAUCCUGAGAAGUGACACCAUCUCCAAGACAAGAUACCUUGAGAACAUUAGAAUUUACCUGGUAGCCUCCCUGAAAAAAUCUUUGGUAACAAAGCUAAAGGAACUAGUAAUACAACAGGAUAUAAUGGGAAAGGGCUUGGGUGUUACCCAUGUACUAGAAGUGAAUUCUUUUACAAACACGGCUAAAAAAAUUAAAACUGA